AUGGGCUCGAGCGGUGGUUCGGCAUGCAGAGCAAGUACAUCGCGAGCUAAAGGUGGCUCAAACACACACGCCGAUGCCCAAUACGCUGCCACGCGUGAUUCCUCACGCAAAGACAAUGACACUCCUAACCCAGGCCUCGAUCCUCAGUCAGCGCUGAUGCCUGGAAGGGAAGUGAGGGGGAGAGUUUACCUCCCGAUGGUGACCACCUCCGGCGCACAAUUCGAUGCCGCCCGGUUUUACGAUUUAUUGCACUUUGUCGCCAAGGCGACCGAGGGGAAAAGCGCCAUGGAAAGUUUUCCGAUCGAUGAGCAACUUGCUUAG